GUUUAGCAGCACCCUUGGCCCAGCCUGUUGAGCUCCUGGCACUAGCACGCAGCUUGCAGAGCAGCUGCUGGUGGCUGGGUUUAUUUCAAAGUGGCUUGGAGCUGCACCAGGGACUGUAGCCUCCCCUGCACAGCACAGGCAGGGAAGGUAGGAGCUGCCGAUAUGAACCUUGAGGGGCUGGUGUGCUCCAAAUUGCAGUGCAGAUUCAUCUUCGUCUUUCUCAGGAAGCUGUGGAGAGUGCUGAGGCUUCUGCUGAGUGUGGUGCUCAGUGUGCAGGUUGUCCAGUACUGCAAGAAGAUGGCGCAUGAUGUUCCCUUUGAGAAGGACAUCAACAUUUGCAGGAAGCACUUUGCCUGGAGAAAUCCCAUUCUUGGCAGGUUUGAGCCUGACUGGAAGCCUUUCCUGACCAGCAGGGAGUUAUUCUGGCAGGACAACACCCCGGAGAGGAGAAAACUAAACAACCUUCUCCAGUUCCACAUGCUUCCCUUUGGGCUGAACAGCUCUGUUCUCGAUGCGUUCCGUACGUUGCAGCUCCUCCCGCAGCAGGAGAUGCCAAAGUCCAUUGAGCGUCUUCGGUGCCGAAGGUGCGUUGUGGUCGGCAACAGUAACUCCAUCCGUGGCCGAGGCUUCGGGGCGGUGAUUGACUCGCACAACGUCGUCAUAAGGUUAAACAACGCUCCAGUGAAAGAUCACAAGGCAGAUGUGGGUGAGAGAACCAGCAUCCGGCUCUUCUUCCCCGAGUCUGCGGUACCCAACCCUCUGGAUAACAACAACAAUGAAACGCUGAUGGUGCUCAUUCCGUUCAAGAGCCUGGAUUUUACAUGGGUGAUGGAGAUGCUGCUGGAUACGAGGAAUAAGACUGUAGAGGGGUUUUGGCGCAAGCCUCCUAGUGAAUGGAAGUGGAAUACCUCUUACCUGCGGAUUCUGCACCCUUAUGUCACCUACCAAGCCACAUACAAAUUGCUUCAGCUGAAGAAGAAGGGCAAGCAAUAUUCUACCACGGGAAUCAUCGCCUUGAACUUAGCCCUCCAUAUCUGCCAUGAAGUCAAUAUCGUAGGGUUUGGUUACCCUGAGCGGCAUGACAACACCACGCCGGUGCACUACUAUGACACGGAGCAUCUGAGCCAGGAAUUGUUCAUGAUGCACAACAUCACCGCGGAGCAGGAGUGGCUGCUGAAAAUGAUCGAGCGGGGGAUGAUAUCCGACUUGAUGCGUCCUUCCUCCUGGUCUUGGGGCCCCUGGCUGGGGUGAUGCUGCGUGAUGUUCCAGGAGCUGUUGCUCCAUGCACUCAUGUUGGGCCACAGUUGGCUUUUACUCUGGUUGUUCUGUGCUGUACUGGACUGGGCAGGCGUUUCCCUGUUUUGUGUCUGGUGGCAAUGAGCCAUGGCCCUUUGGCAUUUGGCGGAAUGACUUUUGCUCUCAUGGCCUGUGACCUUUGCCUCUAAUCACUGAUUCAGGGCUUCCUUGGUGGAGGAGCAACAGUGUCAGAUGGUGCUUCCUGCACCCUUUUGCCUCCUCUGCUUUGCCUGCUAGUCACGUGUGCUCCUUUGAGUUGAGAGGUUAAAGCCCCCAAUGAUGAUUGUAAACAAGGCCCCUUGUAGUUCCAGCACCUUUCUCCGGAGCCUCAAGUGAGCAGGAGUGGGUCCCAUUGGCGUGCAGAAGGACCUGCCGAGCGCUCAGAGGAUCGUGUGUUUCAGGUGCUCUUUGAAAAGCUGGGGAAUGUUACUGGCAGCAGGACCGUGCUGUUGAGUUUUUCUGUUGGGCAAUAAAGAAAGAGCUGGUUU